AUGAAAGCACUUGCACGAUCCUUUGUAUGGUGGCCAGGCAUUGACAAAAGUUUGGAAGAGAAGGUAAAGACCUGUACAACUUGUCAGGAGCACCAGCGAAGCCCACCACCUGCCCCUAUCCACCCAUGGGAGUUCCCAGAACGACCCUGGAGUAGGAUCCACAUCGAUUACGCCUACAUCGAUAACCAGAACGUGCUGAUUGUUGUUGACGCAUACACCAAGUGGAUUGAAGCUAUUAGAGUAGCACACGCCACUGCAGCUGCUACAGUCACUGCCAUGCGACGCCUGUUUGCAACGUAUGGUAUUCCAGAAACAGUCGUAAGUGACAACGGCACCCAGUUUGUCUCUGAAGACUUUUCGAACUUCCUGUUCAACAACAAUGUAGAACAUGUGCAAACAGCCCCAAAACACCCUUCCAGCAAUGGCCUUGCGGAAAGGGCUGUGCAAACCUUGAAAAGUGGAGUUAAGAAAACCAGUGGAACAUCAUUGGAGAUGCGCAGCCAAGUAUUCCUAAUGACCUAUCGGAUAACUCCACAAGGAACUACAUGA